UUAAAGCUUUUCCCCAACACUCUAUAGAUAGAUACAAAGGGAAACAUAGAGAGAUGGACGUUAGAGGAGGAUGUUGCAUAGCAAGAUAUGGUGGUUACGGUGGUCGCUACGGUCUCUCCAAAGCUGACCGAAUCAUGCUUCGGUUCCGACCAAUUGCUCCUAAACCAUCCAGCGACGGCGGAUGCCUAUCUCCCGGCGCCGGAAAGUAUGGCUCCGCUACAACGAGCGGUGGCAGCUCCGACCUCUCCGGUAACACCAAGAGAGGAAAGAGGAAGUAUCAUAAGGAGAGUUCAGGCGUUAACUCCCGUAAGUGCAACAAGAGGAAGAUACCGAACACUACAACCGCUGUUACCUUGUCUCUUUUACCAGAGACACGAGGUUUUCAAGAUCUGAAUGUUCCUCCAGUGGAGAAGAAGCAGAAGCAAAACGGUCCUUUGUGGCUGAGCUUCAGCGGCGGAGACGGUGGUAUGCCAACACCGUACAAGACGGCGGAGAUCUCGCAAAGGACGGUGGUGGUAUCGUCGUGUGUGACGGUGGAGCGUGUGACCGACGCUUGGAACAACGGUAAUGGAUUAGGGAAGACCGAUGAGGAGAGGAAGAUGAAUCUGGUUAGAGACGCUUGUCCAGGGUUUAUAUCGGACGGUGCCGGGAGAGUCACGUGGACCAACGAGGCUUAUAAGAAGAUGGCGAAGGAAGAUAUUAAUAUUCCGGUGGAGGACGGUGCACCGGAGAUAAGUUAUGAUAACUUUCACGUGAUCGUAAGGUUGGUGAUGAAGGAGAGGCCCAUGCUAACGUACCCGGCGUUCACAUGCAGAGUGAGACUACAGUAUACGUGUCAAGAUCGUGAAAGAGGAUCAGUCACGGUGCCUUGUGACGUGUGGAGGAUGGACGGUGGAGGUUUUGCGUGGAAGCUUGACGUUAAGGCCGCUUUGUGUCUGUAACGUUAUCCGACUGAGUCCAAAACCGGCCUUGCAUUAGACUCGAGUGUUGAUCGAUGAACGGUCACGAUGAUAUACAGAUGGCCACCGUGUAACAAGAAGUAUCUCUAGUGCUGAACUUUGGUUAUUUAUAUCUCACCUUGAACAUAUGUUUUUUGUUGUUGUUUCUAGUCUACUGCUUGUUUCUUUCUGUUAGGAUCUUGUUGGUUCUCUUCUCUCUAUAGACCUAUGAUGCUUUAAUUGCACUCUCACGUUUAUGUUUUUAAGUUAAAAGAAAGUUGUAUAUGUGUAUGUC